AUGUUCCAAUCUCAAUCCGCAAAGGGCAUGUUCGCCCUAGCAGCUAUGAGCCUGAUCAGCGGCACAACCGCCAGCCUCGAAACCUGUGCCAGCAGCACCGCCUUCAGCUGCGCGAGCUCCUCCACAUCGCCAACAUGCUGCUUCAACUACCCAGGCGGUGCCCUCCUCCAGACUCAAUUCUGGGAUACUAGCCCAUCAACCGGUCCCUCCAACUCAUGGACCAUCCACGGACUGUGGCCUGACAACUGUGACGGCACAUACCAGGCCAGCUGCGACUCCAAACGUGCUUAUACAAACAUCACAGCGAUCCUGCAAGACCAGGAUCUCGGUGACCUGGUCGACUACAUGGACGACUACUGGGUUGAUAUCAACGGGGCCAACGAGGACUUUUGGUCGCAUGAGUGGAGCAAGCACGGUACUUGCAUCAAUACAAUUGAACCGAGCUGCUACUCCGGCUACAAGGCGCAGGAAGAAGUGGGUGAUUUCUUCCAGAGAACGGUCGAUCUGUUCAAGACCUUGGAUACGUACAAGGCUCUCUCUGCUGCUGGCAUUACCCCGAGUACAUCCAAGACCUACACUCUCAGCGCCAUCCAGAAGGCUCUUACUACCCUGCAUGGUGCGUCGGUUUACCUUGGCUGCUCCAGUGGCAAGUUGAACGAGGUUUGGUAUUUCUAUAAUGUCAAGGGCAAUGCUAUUGACGGAACAUACAAGGCUGUCGAUACGCUCACUACUUCUAGCUGCCCAACGACUGGCAUCAAGUAUGUGCCCAAGUAA